CCACAUCGACUCACAACCACCAUUCUCAAUAAAUCGUUCCAACAUCUCCUCCUUUUUGUUUUUUUCCAAUGGUGGCGACGCCGGCGACCACCGCAACCUUCCGGGAGAUCCAACUCCCACAGCAAAAGCAGUUCGAUUCCAUCAACUUCCCCUCCGUCCUCGUGUCCCCCGACAUCCUAUCCUCCGCCGCCGCUACUCUCCCCGAGGUCACCGCCGCCAUCAAGAGCGAGAAGCCCUUCCUCGAAUCCCUCCUCCGGGAAGCCGGGGCCGUGCUCAUCAGAGGACUGCCCCUCAGCUCUGCCUCCGACUUCAAUCAGGUCGUCGAGGCCUUCGGUUUCGAGGAGCUGCCUUACGUCGGCGGGGCGGGGCUCCGCAAACGUGGUGGUCGGCCGUGUGUUCACCGCCAACGACGCUCCUCCUCAUCAGAAAAUCUCCUUCCACCAUGAGAUGGCCCACAUUCCGAAAUACCCGUCGAAGGUGUUCUUCUUCUGCGAGGUGGAGCCCGGCGGCCGGGGGGAGACGCCGAUUGUUCUGAGCCACGUGGUGUACGAGCGGAUGAAAGUGGAGUUCCCGGAGUUCGUGGAGAGGUUGGAGGAGAAGGGUUUGAUUUACACCAGAAUCGCUGGUGACGAGGACGAUCCUUCCUCCACCAUUGGUCGGGGCUGGAAGUCAACUUUCUUGACCGAUGACAAGGCCGUCGCUGAGGAAAGGGCGGAGAAGGUCGGGGUGAGGCUGGAGUGGCGGGAGGGAGAGAUCGGCGGAGGAGCGAAGACGGUGAUGGGGCCCAUCCCUGGGGUGAAACUGGACGAGGCCAGGAACCGGAAGACGUGGUUCAACAUGAUGGUCGACGCCUACAUGUGCUGGGACGACGCGCUCAACGACCGGAAGAAGGCCGUCACGUUCGGGACGGUGGCUACCUGCCGGAGGAGGCCGUCCGCGGCUGCGAGAGGAUAUUUCAAGAGGAGAGCGUCGCCAUUCCUUGGAAGAAAGGCGACGUCUUGCUGCUCGAUAACCGCGCCGUGCUUCACGCUCGCAAUCCGUUUGACCCUCCUAGAAGAAUCCUUGCUUCCCUCUGCAAGUAGCCAAAUGAGCGAGGAGAGGAAAAUUAAUGUUUCUUCGUACUGAAUAAAUAAGACAUGGUUGGUGGUCAUAUCAUGUAUUAUGAAGAAGGUGGAUUUUUAGAAUAUAUGUAUCUUGAUGAUGGGGUUUGUAAGAAUAUGGGUGACUUAAGAAGAUAAUGUUUGAUUUCCAAACUUUGUUACAAUAAAAUAGAGUAAAUUGCAAGUUAGGUAAUCGGAAUUAUAAAACUUUUGGUGACUAAAAGUAUUUUAUUUAA